CGAAUUUAUGCACCUGGCCCUCCCUACUGGCACACGGCCGCUUCCACGCCCCGGGGAAUUUGCACUGGCCGCCUGCGCUCCCAGCCCACAGCCCUUAGCUCGUGUCGCUAUCCGUGUCAUUCGGGUCCGCCAGCGUCACCAAGCAUGUCUUCUCGGCAACGGGGCUUCUCGUCUUCCCCGCAGGCUGCGCCAAACGGACGCGAACAGUCUCGCGGCAUCAUGGGCUUCUUCAAGCGCUUCCGCCGCAACAAGACGUCAAAGAAGAGCGAGUCGCGUGUCCGCAACGACCUCUACGCCCCCGCCAUCCCCGAAUACCACGGCCCAGACCAGUUUGUGCGCCUGCCCGACAAUGUCCUGCGCCGCAUAUUCGAGCAUGUGUGCCCCCAUUCCGCCGACGAGUCGCUCGACGGAAGCGAGGACAGUGGCAACGACGGCUGCAUGAGCUGCGACAUGCGCGACCUCGCCCAUUGUGCCCUGACAAAGCGCCAGUGGUACGGUGUCGCCGCAGGCCUGCUAUACAACAGCAUCCGCAUCGACGCGGUGCACUACUGCGAGCUCGAGGAAAUCUACGCCGACCAGCGCCGCCGCAAGUCGCGCAACGGCGAUGAAAUAGACGCCCCCACCCUGCGCCUCCAGCAGCUUGGCCAGAGUGUCCGCGGCAACCAGUACCUCGGCCAGCGUGUGCGCCUCAUCAAGCUCCCGUACAUGACCCGCGAGGCCUGCAAGGCCGACCUUGCGCGCACCAUAUCCGGCUGCCCCAACCUCGAAUACAUCGAUCUCCCCGACGGCUUCUACAGUGGCGACCAGUCGUGCCAAUUGCUGCGCCAGGAGCUGCAGGCACGAUGCCCGCACAUCCGCAAGAUGAAGUACACCGAGGGUGGCGAAAUGGCGCUCGAGUCGCUUCUCCAGGGCUACUGGCAGGAGCUCAUUUCGCUUGAGCUGCACAAGAUCAACGUUGAGCCCAGCAUCCUGAGACAGGUUUUCGGCAUGCUCCCGCGGCUCAAGGAGCUCACCAUUACCGGCGCCCAGUGGCUCAACGAUUCGACUUUCCACGAUGCUCCCGGAAUCCCGCCCUUUCCCGCCCUCGAGACCAUCAAGCUGGACAAGUGCAACGCGGUAACUGCAAAUGGGCUGGCCCAUUUCCUACACAACCCCAUGUGCAGUGCCAGACUGAGGACACUUGUACUCAAAGGCUGCGCCGGCUUUCCCGUGGCCUCUCUGCACGUUGUCCUCAAGGCAGCAGUCAACCUCAAGACACUCGAGUACACGGCCACGGUGUCUGUCUCUCUCCCGCUGGACCCCAUCCCGCCCAUGACCUCGUACACGUUGCAUAAGCUCAACUUCGAGGUCAUCUCCGGCUCGACCAACCAGGUCUACUCGCCCUGCUCGUCUUACUACCAGUAUCUAGCCAAUUCGCUCACGUCCAACUCGCUGCCAGCCCUACGCGAGGUUUGGGUUCGUGAUCCCGACUUUCCAGAGAUCCUCACGCUUGUGCCGCCUGUGCGUCCGUUCAGCGAAGCGCCCCCGGCCUUUUUCAACCAGCCUCUCGAGGUCUAUUCCAAGGGUCUGGACGAGCUGGACUGGAUCUUUACUUCCAUCCUGCCCCCCGAGGGCGCGGGCCGUCGAGCGUCCAUGUCGCAAAGCCGGCCAUUGAGCAGCUAUUCGGCACACAAGGGUCUGGGGCCGCAAUGGGGCGGAGAUGCCCGCAAGAGUAUAGUGGUACCGAACGGGUUCGGUGGGUUUUUGGCCAUACCGGCUGAUAACGACGGAAGGCCAAGGAGCGCGGGUCACAUGGCGCCUAGCGGAGGCUUUGGGCAUGGCUACUCCAACUCUCUUGGUGGCAAUCCCCGUGCCAGCUGGAUGUCCCACGUCGGCCGCGAGAAGCGGGCUUCGAGGGCGGACUUGUGGCGUUAGCUGAUCCCUUUCUGGGCGCACGCCAUGCAUGGAACGGAGCAUCUGGAGCAUCUGGUUACUGACAUGUGUCCCCCUUUACUUUCCCUUGUCCUCCCUUCUUUCUUCUGGAUACCCGUCCAUUUCUUCUUUUUUUCUUCUUCUUUUUCCUCUUCAUCCAUCAUAUCUGUAAGAUACCAAGAAGGUUUUUUUCUUUCUUUCUCCCUUUCUUUCCUUUGAUUCUGGGGUUCACGGCUAGGCUAUGGUGCGGCGCACCUCAAGGACGAAUUAUGUAUGGCGACUCAGGGCAGAACCGGGUGAGCGUCGGACAAGGAUAACCUGAGGUGAAGGAUCAAGUUCUCCAUGGUUGGCCGAGAAUUUGUACAUACGAGAAAAAAA